AGUUACGAAGCGGUAUUUUUAGUUGGCAAAACUGACCGAGUUAGAGAUAAUUCAUAUUCAGCGGUUAAGUCUUUUGCAAUUUUUAUAUGUGUGUAAUCGUCUUAAAAAAUACUUUAUAAAAAAGAAUUAUAUUUUUUUUGAUGAAUCCAUAUAUUUUUAAGUUCAAUUGAAAAUAUAGAGUUAUCUCGUAUUUCAAAAUGUUUAAAAAUAAAUCUGAAGUGGAUCGCCAUGUUCAUAAUUGUUUGAAAAAAGUAAAUAACGAAACUGAGCGAAAUUUGAGAUGUUUUUCUUUCGCUAAACUCUACUUUAGUGUAGGAGACUACGAUCAGGCAUAUAGGUACAUUUCUUCAUACCUUUUGAUCAAACCUAAAGCAGCAGAAGGACACCUUUUGCUUGCAAAAUGUUUAGAAAAACUGGGUAAAUUAGAUUCGGCUUUGGAAGCUUAUAAAAAGUGUUUACAAAUAGAUCCUAAACAAAAUAACGUUGUGAUUAAAGUUUGUGAAUUGAUGUCAUCAGAUAACAUUGAAUUAGAUCUUUCCGGUGCUAGAUAUUUCUGCGAAUUGGCACAAUCAUUUGAUCCUAAUAACCCCGCAGUUCAUAGUUUAAAAGAUAGAUUAUUAACAGUUAAUAAUGAAAAUCCAGUGGAAAUAACACAAUUGUUAUUAAAAGAAUUGGAAAUUAGACCGACAGAUAUCAAUUUAAGAAUUAGAUUACUCAAACAUCUAAUUCAAAACAACAUGAUUAAAGAGGCAUAUAAACACGUUAGUAUGAUCGAAUAUAAAGAUUUUGAUAACUUUCAUCACAGUAUUAACUGGUAUGAAAAUUUGGUUGAAAUUUUAAUACUUUGUCAGAAGGAUAUAUCGUUUCAAUGCGAAAUAACUUGGGAAUUUUGGUUACUUCUUGUGUCGGUUAUGGAAAGAUUAGUGGCUUUACGUUUAGAUGAUCGAAAUAAUUACAAAGGUACCACGGAUUAUCGUACAGUCUUAUUUAAUUUCGAUCAGAUGUUAUAUAAAGCAACUGGUAGCUUGGAUACUUGCACAGAUCGACAAUUAAUAUCGAUAUUUAUAAUGCAUUAUUAUAUACAGCUACAUUUCCAUAUUUCAACGUUAAUUUUAAAGGAAGCUAAAAAGGAUGUUAUACAAUAUAAAGAAGCUUCGAAUAUUAUCUUACCGGCUUUAUUUACCUCUUAUUACUCUCCACCUGAUAUACAGAGUAUCUGGUAUACACAAUCAGAUGAAAAAACUAAAAAAUUAAUACAACGUUGGUAUAAAAGCGCGUGUUUUAGAUGCUCCCAAGUAGGUCAUAUAUUAUUAGCAAUGGGAAAAGAUAAUAGAUCUGUUCUACUUGAAAAAGCUUCACAAUAUUCCUCAGGAUUAUGGAGAGAACAAUUAUACAAAAAGAUAUUCGUAAAAAGGGAUCAACACAACAAAAUGUCUACCAGUUUUUUUGUUGCUAAUAAACCUUGUUUAGAACCGACUUUAAAGUUACCCAUUGUAACUGAUUUAUUAAAAUAUGAUGAAGUAGCACAACUAUCACACCCGGAUUCAUUACAUCAUUACGUUUGGAUAUUUUUGAAUAGUGAUAUCGAAAUGAAUCUUAUAGCUUUCGAAGGUAUGCAGUACUCGAUUAAAAACUUGAGUAAUUGUUCAGCGGAAUCUUUGAAUUUACUGGACGUUUACGCGUUUAUUUACUGCGCUACAUUUUGCGCUAAAUCCAAAUUGAAUAACUACAAUUUAUUACCAGCUUCUAUAAUGGAAAAUUUAGCGACAACCGAACAAUCUGCGUUUAUACAGUGUGUCUAUAAAAUGUAUAAAAACAUGGCGAGUAGUAAUUUAGCCGAUGUUAGAUUAACGUUAAUAAAAGGAAUAGAAACUGUAAGAUGUGUUGGUCACCACGGUUUAGACGUACGUACUCUAGUAAAUCUAGCAACUCUAUUCAAAGACCGAGCUACUAAACUUACCAAACAAUCCGAGAUAGAUUUCAAUAUAACCAGAGCGGAAUUGUAUUGGAAAACCGCUUUACCAUUAUUGGAAAAAAUAGCGAAUAACCAAAAAAUUUCAUACAUCAAUAAUAGGUUAUUCGAAUCCGGUUCUAAUGAACUCACCACAACCGAAGCGAUCAAAUAUAUGGAUAAAGGUAAACUUUUCAUAGCCACCCAAUUGAUGAAUAGAAAAUUUUUCGACGAAGCCCUAAAUAUGUUCGAGGAAUUGAAAGAUCCUUACGCCAGCUACCACCAAUUCGAGAUAUAUAAACAAUUCGCUAUCAGUAAGAUGGAUAAAAAAGGAGAUUUAGUACAGGAAGAAAUUAAUAAUGAAAUUUACGUUGUAUUAACUAAAGCUAGGGAUUGUUUAUAUCUAACUUUGGAUCGCCUCCGACAGCCUUCGGUUGAUCCUUCGCACCCUUUGAACACCCAGCUCGAUAGCGAAAUUAAUAAAAUCGAAAAAUUGCUAUCGAGGAAUGAAUUGGGUUAUAGCCGUAGCUUUUUCUCAGAAGAAACCCGUUCGUUCAAUGUUAGUGUUAGUGAUGAAUGUGUUUCGAAUUCAACGAAAGUCGAACCGCUUAAUCAGUCCACUCCGUUGCGUCUUAAUUUGACGCGUCAAGAAGCUAGACCGAGUCCGGAACGAUUAGAUGCCCAAAUAAGACAGUUGAUGACAACUAGAGAUGCUAUUUUCACUUUGGUGUCCGAACAGAAUAAACAUAUGGCCGAAGCGCAGAAUAAUCUGUUGGAAAAAUUGAAUUCGGUCGUUAAUGAUUUGAAAUUGAUAAAGAAGGAAGUGGAAGGCUUGAAAGAAGUUUCCAAAUCUGUGAAUGAGAUCAAGAAUUCCGUUGAAGAUUUUCAAAAUGUUAUAGACGUUGUGCAGGAAAUGAAAAAAGAUUUAGCUGAAAUGAAAAAACCGGAUACAAAGAAUCAAUUGAGUGACGAAGAUCUGUAUGUUUUGGAUCCGGAUUACGGAGUCGAUUAUAAUAUACCUUCCAACAUGGGUUCUUUCCCUCCAAUGGUACCAGGAUCCUUCCCAAAUUAUCAAACCAAUAAAAUACCGAAUCCUCAUCACGUAGCCGCCUAUCCCCCCGCUAUGCUUUUCCCAGGAUUGUAUCCUGGAUUACCGUAUACGUAUGGUGGACUUAAUUUGGCACAACCAGGGCCUCUACCAUUUUUAACGGAUCAUCAACCAACGAAUGUAGCAACAACAACUCCCUCUCAUCAUCUAUUACCGAACCAACCGUCUCUAUCCCAGCAUCUAGGAUUCGACUCAUUGAAUAUUCAGUCAUUACCUUCUGCAAUACCACAAACAAACCAACAAAAAGAAUUACCCAAAAGUACCAUAUUCGGUACCAAUCUCAAAUUACCAUCGACCACUUCGCCUAUCGUCCCCUCAUUUAGUAAAACACCACCGGUAAACGUCGUCAUAACGACAUCCGAUCCGUUACCAACCGGUAACACUCUAACUUCCCAACCUGUAUUAUCAGUUACCAUUCCUCCGCAACAUAUAAAAUCGAAUUUAUUCAAAGCUCCCUCAACUUCCGCCCCCGAAAAAGCGGAUACUUCAAUUAAAAUUAACGAGAAGUCGGACCGAGACAAACGUCUCGAUGACACCAACGAGAGUUUGAACAAAAGUGACGUAUCUCCGGAAGAAGAAGAACCGAACAUAACCUUCAAACCAGUCAUACCGUUACCGGACGAGGUGCCCGUUAAUACCGGCGAAGAAGGCGAAACCGAACUGUUUUGCGGCAGAGCCAAAUUAUUCAGAUGCGUUACCGUCGAUGGAACCAAAGAAUGGAAAGAAAGAGGCGUUGGUAAUUUGAAGAUUCUGAAAAACCCCCAAACCCGCAAAACUAGAAUCCUAAUGAGAAGAGAUCAGGUGCUCAAAAUUUGCGCCAACCAUUUCAUAACCAAGGAAAUGACGUUGUUACCGUCCACCCAAAACGACCGAGCCUUCACGUGGGCAGCGCAAGAUUUCUCCGACGGGGAGAUAAAAUCCGAAACGUUGUGCGUUAAAUUCAAAUCAAUAGAAGACGCCAGAAAAUUCGCCGACGUUUUUAAACAAUCCGCGGAAAGUAAAUUGGUGAAAACGACGUCGGAAAGCGGAACUUCUUUGGGAGGUUUCGUGUUUACCGGUACGCCUACUUUCUCCCACGUAGAACCGAAACCUGCAGCCGAUUUAACCGAAGUGAAAGAAACCAAUAAAACGAGUCCGUUUUCCACGUUCGUUUUCGGUAAACCGCCUCAAGAUACCAAACCAAUCGGAACUGGAACCGACGAUGGACCGUCUUCUCCUUUGGAAGAAUUCGUUCCCACGGCCGAAUUCAAACCGGUCGUCGAUUUACCCGAACUAAUCGAUGUUAAAACGGGCGAGGAAAAUUCCGAAAUUCUUUUUGAGGAAAGGGCGAAAUUGUUCAGAUUCGAUACCAGCGGUGAAGUAAACGAAUGGAAAGAGAGAGGAAUCGGGACGUUGAAGGUAUUGAAAGACGAAUCGAUCCGGUUAUUGAUGAGACGCGAUCAAGUACAUAAAGUUUGUUGCAAUCAUCGAGUACUAAAAGAUAUGAUUUUCAAAAUAAAUUCCAAUAAUCCCAAAGCGGUGGUAUGGCAAGCUCAAGAUUUUUCCGAAGGCGUAAUCAAACAGGAGAUGUUUACGGCGCGUUUUAAAACCGAAAAAAUCGCUAGUGAGUUCCUGGAGAUUCUGCGGAAAGCUAAGGAGAAUAUGGAUGAGAAUAGUGCAGUCGAUUCGGCUCGGAAUAAAAAAGAUACCGAUAAAACGUUCGAUUUUGUUAGUAUUGGUGAAAUUCAAAAUGAAAAACCGGAAAUCGGGGGAUUCGGAGACGCUUUUAAAAUGAAACCCGGUGAUUGGGAAUGUCAAAGUUGUAUGGUGAGAAAUUACGCUAGUGCCGUUAAGUGUGUUGUGUGUGGUGAUUCUAAAAAGGAAGGAUUACAACAAACUGUCAUUCCAAGUAUUCAAAAUAAGAUGCCAGUAGUGUCAGGAUUUGGGGACGCUUUCAAAAUACAACCCGGUUCUUGGGAAUGCAAAACUUGUAUGAUCCGAAACGAUUCUACUGUAACCAAAUGUGUAGCUUGUGGAACAGAUAAAGAAAGCGGAUUGCAGAAAGACACACAAGUUCAAAGUAGUAUUGAAAAACAAGUACAGAAAGUUUCUGGUUUCGGAGAUGCUUUUAAAAUGAAACCCGGUCAUUGGGAAUGUCAAAGUUGUAUGAUUCGAAAUGAAGCGGAUGUUACGAAAUGCGUAGCUUGCGGAACUAGCAAAGAUGGCGGAUUACAGGAAAAGGAAACAGUUAAAAGUAUCGAAACUCCAGUACAGAAAUUCACGUUUGGUGUACCUACGGAUACUAAACUGACGUUUGAUGUAAAAGAUAAUUCAACAAAUGUAAUCGCACCGGUACAAAACGCCCAAUGGAAAUUUGGAUUUGUCAAGUCGGAAGUAACACCAACUAAACCGAUCGAGGAAACUAAAACUCCUUUGGAAAGUGUUAAAUCGGUUCCGGAUAAAAAUAGUUUUUCGUUUAUCUCCCCUACUAAACAAGAAUUCACAUUCAAACCUCCCCCAAAAAAGACCAACGAUGAUUCAGACAGUAGUUACGUCGAAGAAGAAGAAGAUAACAUUUAUUUUAAACCCGUGAUUCCAUUACCCGAUAAAAUACAAGUUAAAACAGGAGAAGAAGACGACGACGUUUUGUAUUGUCACAAAGCGAAAUUGUUCAGAUUCGUCGAUAAGGAAUGGAAAGAACGGGGCAUUGGAGAUAUUAAAAUAUUAAAGAACAAAUCUAAUCAAACCUUGAGAGUCGUGAUGCGUAGAGAACAAGUUUUGAAAAUAUGUUUGAAUCAUUUGUUGACAAAAAAGAUCGAUUACAAAUUCAGAGAUGAGAAAUCGUUGAUGUUUAUGGCUGCAGACUAUUCCGAAGGUACAUUAGUGAAUCAGUUGUUCUGUGUGCGGUUCAAAAAUGGCGAAAUCGCCAAUGAUUUCAAAAAAGCAAUCGACACUGCUUUAGAAACAGAAAAAAGUAUACAAUGUGAAGGUGAAAAAGACGGAGUCGAAAUUGUAUUUGAAACGGAAGUGACACCAGAAGAAGAACAGGAAGCCGUAAAAUUGGGACUUCCACCCAAAUUUAUGUCCUACAAGCAGCUACCGGAUUGCGAAUGCGAACAAUGCGAAAAAGACGAUGAAUAUUUGAAGGAUUUAUUCCCUAAAGUACAAAAAAAUAAGGAAAAAACCCUUGUUUCUACCCCUAGCAAUACCCCCGUCAAGUCUAGUGAUAAUUCCGAAGGUACGCCGGGAAAAAAUGUUUCGACUACUUCAACGGUGUUUACCUGGCCUACUUCAACAACGUCUAACAGCUUUUCAUUCGCUAAUUUUUCUUUCACUAGUAGUUUUCUUCCUCAAACUACCAAAUCUGGGAACGUAACUCCGAAUAAUAAAGAAGUUUUCGAUACUUCCAAAGCCGCGGACGGUAACAAGAGCACAUUCAGUUUCGAUAAUAAUCAAUUUAAGUCGUCCGGUAAUAUUUUCGCUCAAGCUCCAAGCGGCGCUUCUAUUUUCGGUCAGAAUGUCGCUAAUUCGAAUACCUCGAACAUAUUCGGUAAUAAGAGUACGAAUAUGGGGAGUAUUUUCGAUUUCAAACCGAAGUCGACGGCGGAUAGUGGAAAAACUGGUUUCUUAUUCGGACAAUGGAACAUUUCUGUAACGGAAAAACCGAAAGAAACGGAAAAUGUGGCGUCGAAAACUGGUGGCGAUUCUUCUUUCGCGUCGCCGGCAGCUGAUACUAAGGAAAAAUCUGCGGUUGUUGAAAAUGUUAGUGGAAAAACCGGAUUUUUAUUUGGACCGAGCAGUAAACCAGUCGAACAGAAACAACCAGAUGACUCAAUACUUAAAUCUGAUACGAAACUAUCUUUCGCUUCAUCACCAGCUGGCCUUAAAGAAACAGAUGAUCCGGUGUUUAAAUCUGAUCCUAAUAUUUCUUUCGCUUCGUUGGCAGCUGGUUCAAACAAUAAAGAUAAACCCGGAUCAAUAGGGAAUGGGAAAAAUUCUACUUUUAACGUCAGUAGUGGAAAACUCGAUUUUUCAUUUGGUCAAGGGAUCAAAAGUACAGUGGACCUUAAAGAAACAGAUGAUCCGGUGUUUAAAUCUGAUCCUAAUCUUUCUUUCGCUUCGUUGGCUGCUGGUUCAAACAAUAAAGAUAAACCCGGAUCAAUAGGGAAUGGGGAAAAUUCUACUUUUAACGUCAGUAGUGGAAAACUCGAUUUUUCAUUUGGUCAAGGGAUCAAAAGUACAGUGGACCUUAAGGAAACAGAUGAUCCGGUAUUAAACUCUGACUCGAAUCUAUCUUUCACUUCGUUGGCUGCUAACUCGAAGGCAAACAUAGCUCCUGCCUUCACUCAAAAUACAGAUAAAACAUUUUCAUUUCUCGGCGCCGGAACACCAUUAUUCAGUUCUCAAAAAACAAAUACGCCGAAUAAAACAAAAAGCGAUUCGUGCGACGAACAAAACGUAUCCUCGGUAUCCGCCGACGAAUACGAUCCCCAUUACGAACCAAUUGUACCUCUCCCCCAAGAAAUUACAGUAAUAACCGGAGAAGAAGACGAACAAAUAUUAUUUAUAGAGAGAGCCAGAUUGUACAGGUACGACUCGGAUCUAAAGGUAUGGAAGGAGAGGGGAAUAGGAAACAUUAAAGUCUUACAUAAUCCCGAAAAAAAUACCUACCGAUUGUUACUUAGACGCGAAAUCGUCCACAAAUUGGUAUUGAAUCAAUUGAUUACACCAAAUCUCGAAUUAAAACCGAUGGCGAGUUCGGAGAAAGCUUGGGUAUGGUCGGGACAGAAUUAUUGCGACGACGAAUUGGCGUUCGAAAAAUUAGCCGUUCGUUUCAAGAUCCAACAACGCGCCGAUGAAUUUUACAAAAUCGUCCAGGAAGUCGUCAAAAAAAUCGGAAUGGUUAUUCCGGAAGCGGUCGAGGAUUUCAACAUCGACGCAACCCCCACGGUAAUCGAUCCACUGUAUACGGAAACUAACGAUGAUUAUGAAUAUGACGACGAAGACGACGACGAUGAUGAUGACGACGAAGAAGACGAAAGGACCGUUAUGUUCGAGAAAACUUGCAGUUUGAGCGAAUUGAAUUCUGACGAUUGUUGGGAACAUGUCGGCGAAGGAUGUUUGGAAGUUUAUUACGAUCCUGAUUUAUAUGCGGCGAGGAUAGUUAUUGCAGAUGAUAGCGGAUGUGUGCUCAGUAAUACGGUAAUUGGAACCAACACCGAAAUGGAACUGAUAAAAAAUGAAUGUAUAUGGAGAUCCGUGGAUUGGGAAGAGGGUAAUGUUCGUUGGAGGAAAUUAAAAGUGAAAUUCAGCAACGAAUCUGCUGCUGAAGAAUUUCAUUCCAGCUACAUUGAAGGCUUGAAUUAUGCCCAGCAAAUCGGUUAUAUCGACGAACUUCCUAUUGAACCCGAAGAGGAAUGAAGUCCAUUGAUAGUUAUUUUUAAAAAAAAAAAAAACACUUACAAUUUAUUUUUUUUUAUGUAGAUAGAUAUUGCUAUUUUAUAUUCUUUAAAUAAAACGUUUAUGAACU